AUGCAUUGGAAUUUCCUCCAGAUCAUUCCUUUGGUCUUCCUGCCCCUAGUGGAGGCCGAAGGAACAGUACAGGAUCUGUGGGAAUCACCACAAUACCCGGAUUACACCACCACCUACACAGCAGGAACCACAAUCAAAGCCAGUUGGGAUCCGGAUCUCGUCACCCAGUUUGCCUACUUCUGUGCAGACUGCGAUGUCUCAAAUGUAGACCUAUGGCUCACGGGGACAAGUUAUACUCGCAAGCUUGAGGCUGGCGUGGAUGUCAACACGACAACAAGCUACGAAUGGGCUAUCAACCUUGAUGACAGCGACAUCGAAGCCUCAACAGAAUGGACAUUCCGCUUCCUUCCCGCUGAUGCCUCCUGGGGUAGCAACGACCAGGAAAUCUCCUCUGCUAAAUUCAACAUCGACCCUAGACCUUCUGCCUCAUCAUCCUCUGCAACACCUUCACCAACGCCCGACCCAACGUCAAAAACUUCAACUCCCAGUGCGCCCGCGGCUACAGAAACGAACUCUACGGACGCUGACCAAGAUGAUGGCGGCAGUAGCACUCUCUCAACAGGUGCGAAAGCCGGAGUCGGCGUCGGUGUUGGCGCUGGCGGUCUUAUUAUCAUCGCGCUCGCCUUCCUUCUCUGGAGACGUAUGAGAGCUCUAAAGGCCAGCAAAGCUGCGGGCCCUGAGACUGUUGGUGGGUACAGCAAUAUCAACCAAUAUCCGUCUCCAGGAGAUGGGUAUUUUGCUCCGCCAAAGACCAAGACUGCACCUCUGGAAUCAUCUGUUACAGCUAGAUCUGUUGCUUUGACCGAGUUGCCUGGAGAUGAGAAUGCUCGAGAAAUGGACGCCGGCAGAGAUGCGCAGCGCCCGCCCGUUGAAAUGGAUGCGAGCACACGUCGUUAG